AUGGUGUCCCAACUUGCUGUUGAAGUACGUAAUUUAACGUAUAAAUUCAAGGAAAGCUCUGAUCCAUCUGUUGUUGAUAUCGAUUUGAAAAUCCCAUGGAACACAAGGUCUUUAGUUGUGGGAGCGAAUGGUGCCGGUAAAUCCACACUUUUGAAAUUAUUGAGUGGCAAACAUCUUUGUCUUGACGGUAAGAUCAUGGUGAAUGGUCUUGACCCGUUUAGUCCUUUGUCUAUGAAUCAAGUGGACGACGACGAAAGUGCUGAGGAUUCCACGAAUUACCAAACGACCACUUAUUUGGGUACGGAAUGGUGCCAUAUGAGCAUCAUUAAUAGGGAUAUUGGCGUUUUAGAACUAUUAGAGAGUAUUGGGUUCGAAUAUUUCAGAGAAAGAGGCGAAAGAUUGGUCAGAAUCCUGGACAUCGAUUUGCGUUGGAGAAUGCACAGAUUGAGUGAUGGGCAAAAGAGGAGAGUGCAAUUGGCUAUGGGUCUUUUGAAACCGUGGAGAGUUUUGCUACUUGAUGAGGUCACUGUGGAUUUGGAUGUUAUUGCCAGAGCAAGAUUGUUAGAGUUCUUGAAAUGGGAGACCGAAACUAGAAGAUGCUCAGUAGUUUACGCUACGCAUAUUUUUGAUGGCUUAGCUAAAUGGCCCCACCAAGUGUAUCAUAUGAAAGCAGGUAGGAUUGUGAAUGAGUUGAAUUUUCUCAAGGACGUGGAGUUUUCCGAGGUAGUCAACGCUAAAGUCAAUGGGCAAGUUGCUUUCGAUGACAGCAGUAAUAAGGUCCUUAUCAGUAAAGUGAACAGUCUACAUCCAUUGGCAUUGGAAUGGUUGAAACGUGAUAAUCAAAUUCCAGAGAAAGAGAUAGGUAUAUAG